CCACCACCCAGGGCGCUGGUAUCCAACCCGACUCUGGCAUCCUGUCGAGAUCGACAGGAACGAUGCAAGUCGAGGCGAUGGACCGGGGAGGGGGGCAAGGGGGUCUUAGACAGACGCACGACACACCAACACGAAGAUUGAACAAACAUUUUCCAAUCACGAGCUCCGCAAGAGUCCAACUAGCAGCAAACAUGCGGAUCGACUCAGGCCUCCAGCCGCGAGACAAGGACACACACACAUCCAUGCACGUCCAUGUCAUGCCCGCUGCAAGUCGGCAGAAAGAAAACGCUGGCUUUAUCCAAACGCACGCCCCCCGUCGUCAUCCUCCUUCUCCAGCAAAGGUCAAUGCCCUGAGACACGUCAUGUGUGUGUCCAUCCCAAGCCUUCGGGUAAGGCGAGACUCAGCCUUGUGGGGGGAGGUGGGUGACGGUGCAUAUAGACGACAGGCACAGAUGCAGGAGCAUCGAGGUGGGCUGAACCGGCCAUGCUGCACACAGGAAAGUAGAGUAGGCGUCGUUGGAACCAUUGUCAUAGUACAGCGGAGUAUUUUUCGAGAUGACCUGACUAAGACUGCAAGUCGACUGGCUCAGCCUCACCCACCUCUCAGCCUGGAGAGCUGCAGGAGAGCUACGAGCAGACGAUAGAGUCGCAUCUGUGCUGCAGGGGAUCAACCGUCAAGGCUUACUGCUGCAGCUCCUGGCAGCUCUGUAGUCGGCUUCGGCCGAAAAAGCUCAAAAGAGCCCCCAACCCGGGACCCUGCACAGCAGAGAUGCAAGCCACGCGGGGAUCCCGCCACAUCGCGUGGAGCAAGACUGAGGAGAAGCCUGGUCGAGGACGG